AUGAACGAGCUCAGUUCCAGGUCGCACUCUGUGUUUACUCUGAAAGUCGAAGCCUCCAGCACCACUGCCGGUGGUGUCACGUCCACGAGAGUUGCGAGGCUCAACCUCAUCGACUUGGCUGGGUCUGAGCGUCAAACCUUUGAUCCUCACCAUCCCUCGGCGCACGAGAGCAUCCGGGUGAAGGAGGCGGGUGCGAUCAACAGAAGCCUCAGUGCCCUCACGAACGUGAUAAUGUCCUUGUCGCGCAGUCGGCGAAAAUCCUCGGCUGGGCAACGCCAGCCCUUCGUCCGGUAUCGGGAUAGCAAGUUGACUUUUCUUCUUCGCGACUCUCUCGGUGGAAACUCCAAGACUGUCAUCGUUGCUUGCAUCAGUCCAUCUGCCAUGUGCUUCGGCGAGACGCUGUCCACCCUGAAGUUUGCAGCCAGAGCAAAGCAUAUCCGCUGCGCA